AUGAGAAGAGACGAUUAUGUAAAGACUAUUGAAGACCACGGUUUAAAUUGGUUUACAAUCCUCCUGGAGAUGGCAAUUGCCAAUUUGCUGCACUAUCUCACCAGGCAAAGAGACUGGGCAUUUUAAGAUCUCCUGAAACCAUGAGGAAAAAAAUAGUAGAUUACUUAAAAAGCAAUCCGUACUAUGGCGAUGGCUUCCCUCUUUUAGAGCAUUUGGUAGAUGAUGAUUUCUCUUGCUGGGACGAAUAUAUAUAA